AUGAAUCUGAGCCGCCCUCUUCUCGCGCUGCUCCUCGUAGCGCGCCUUUCCCUCGCACACCCUCUUCCCUCUGCCGGUUCAAAUCCGGCCCCCGUGCCACCGGUCGCCGACUCACCAUUCGUCGUCGGCGCCAAAGAAGUCGAGGCCGUCAUCCAAUGUCCCAAAGGCAUUCGUGGACGCAAUGGCGGCGUCGUCCUCCUAGUCCACGGUACCGGCACCUCUGGUUCCGAGAGCUGGGAACAAGGACCGUGGCUCGACCUGCUGCCCGACCGGUCGCCCGGCUUCGACGUCUGCCACGUCACGCUGCCUCAACGCAGCACCGGCGAUGUCCAGGACACGUCCGAAUGGGUGGCGCGUGCCGUGCAGAACCUCGCCACCAAGUCUUCGACGGGCAAGGUCGCAGUCGUGGCCCACAGCCAGGGCAACCUCAACGUCCAGUGGGCCCUCACCUUUUGGCCCAACGCGGUCCGCACCAAGGUGUCGCAAUUCAUUGCCCUGGCCGCCGACUUCCACGGCACUCUUGUCGCCCUCGGCUACUGCAAGCAGGGCGAUGCUGGGGGAAAAGGCUGCUCGAUCUUGGCAUACCAGCAGGCCACGGGUAGCCGCUUCAUCACGACGCUUCAGGUCGCCGACGGAGACCGGGCUCUCGCGCCUACCGCAUCCAUCUAUACCAUCUACGACGAGACCGUCACGCCCGAGGCGGGAUCCAACGCCACCUCGAUCCUCGGCGGAGCGUCCCUGUUUCCGCUCCAGGCCCCGGAGCUCUGUGGACCGCUGCACCCGGCUGAGCACCUCAGCAUGCUCACCGACCCGGCCGCGUUCGAGAUCGGCUAUCGCUCGCUUGCAGCCGGCGGGCCCAUUGCGAAGUCCAGCUUUGAUCGGGAGUCGUGCAACGCCUUUCUGACCACCAGCGGCCUGGAGCAGCACGGGGUUGCAAGGCUGGCCUCGGCAGCCAAGAAUGCUUUGGCGGACGUUGAUACCGUCGCUACCGCCCCGCGAAUGGGCGGAGAGCCCGAGAUCAAGGCGUACGCCAAAGCCUAUGCGCCGCGCUGA